AUGCCAAGACUGGAACUUAUUGCAGCCUUAUUAGCUACUCGAUUAUGUACAGAAGCAAAAUAUGCAUUGCAAUUAAACUGUAAAGAGUACUAUUGGACUGAUUCCAGCAUUGUGUUAGCAUGGAUUAGACGGGGAAUUGGUCUUAAUGUUUUUGUGCACAAUAGAGUUAAAGAGAUUACAGAUAGGAGUCACGUAGAUGAUUGGCAUCAUGUGCCUGGUGAACUCAAUCCAGCUGAUCUUCCAUCAAGGGGUUGUAAUGCUGAAAAUCUUUUUAAAAGUCGUUGGUGGGAAGGUCCAGAUUGGCUUAAGAAAUCCCAAGAACUUUGGCCUUAUUGUGAAGUACCUCCUGAUGAAAGUGAAGUUAAUAAAGAAAUAAAGAAAACAUGUUUAACUAUCCAGGAAGUUUAUAGAUUUACUGACAGAUUUCUUUAUUUUGGAAAAUACUCAAAAAUUGUUAGAACUGUAGCAUGGUGUUUAAGAUUUAAUAAAUACGAUUGUAAUAGACAGAAUAAGAAGGAUAUUACUGCAGAAGAGUAUGAAAAAGCAGAAAAUCGGUUAUUAUGUUUAAUACAAAGAGAGACAUAUGGAGAUAUCGAUGAAGUGAAAACAAGACUUAAGUUGGAUAUAUUUAAAGACAGUAAGAAUAUUAUUCGUGUAAAAACAAGAUUAACACUAAGUGGUGAUACAGAAAACUUCGUAACUCCGAUGUUAUUGCCUGGAACAAAUUCAAUAGUGAAGCGACUUGUUCAUCAGAGCCAUGUUCUUGGUCUUCAUACUGGAACUCAAACUCUAAUUAAUAUAUUAAGGGAAGAAUAUUGGAUAGUUGGUAUUAGAAAAUUAGCAAAAACUGUCGUACGUGAAUGCAUUAUAUGUAAACGGCAUAACGUUAAAGCUUGUACUGUACCUUUAGCCCCGUUACCUGCUGACCGCGUAACAUGUGGAGUACCCUUUGAAGUAACAGGAGUUGAUCUAGCAGGACCGCUAUAUCUUAAAUCAGGUGAUAAGUGCUGGAUAGUAGUAUUUACUUGUGCUACUUACCGAGCCUUACAUCUGGAAUUAUGUUCUUCACUUAGUACAGAAGAGUUCCUUUUAUCCUUAAGGCGCUUCAUUGCUAGAAGAGGUAGGCCCAGAAUCAUAUAUAGUGACAAUGGCACUAAUUUUCGAGGGACGAACAAUAUCUUAUCGACCGUUAAUUGGGAUGACGUUUCUUCCAAAAUAUCAAUCCAAAAAAUAUCAUGGCACUUUAUUCCACCUCAAGCGCCAUGGUGGGGUGGAUGGUGGGAGCGUAUGGUUCGUACUAUAAAAGAAAUUUUGAGGAGAGUUUUAGGCAAAGCUGCUCUGUUAGAAAAGGAAUUGUUUACUGUACUUUGCGAAACAGAAGCUGUCAUUAAUUCACGUCCUCUGACUUAUAUAGUAGAUAGUACUGAAAAUUUUAAAGCUCUCACUCCAGCUAUGUUUCUUAAGGUAGGCAAUACUUCUACGUUUGAUUUAAACCAAGUUAAAUCACCUAACCUUACUACUCGUUAUAGUUAUAUCGAAAAAAUUAAUACAGAUCUACAACAAAGAUUUCGGUCAGAAUAUUUAUCUUUACUAGUACAAAAGAACACUAAAAACGAGAACAAUCUUCAACCUGGGGAUAUCGUGCUUAUAGGUUCAGAUGAUUUGAAGCGCGUUAACUGGCCUUUAGGUCUCAUUUUAGAGAUAUGUUUAGGUGUUGAUAAUGUCGGUAGGGUAGCACGUGUUAAAACAGCAAAGGGUGAACGUGUUCGUGCACUGCAACGUUUAUUUCCUUUAGAGUUAUCGAGGUUAGAGAGUAUUCAGUUUCCACAGUCAUCAGGGUCAAAUGAUAAAGUCGCAGAUCCCACUCUUGAGCCCGACAAUCUUUUAACAAAGACAACACGUUCUGGUCGUCCUGUGAAACUGCCUCGACGUCUAAACCUGUGA